GUUCGUUCGCACAGAUCUCCCUAUGUGUCCGUUCAGGCAUACAUGUGUCGCAUCGAUGCUGCUUGUCCAUUGACAUGAAUGCAUCAUCUAGUCACCUACAGGCAGACAACCGCCCAUGCCGUCUCUCUCAUCCAUCCAUCCAUCGGUCUAGUGUUGCAUUGGCUGUGGCGCCUCUCCCUCCCCCGUGGCGGGCUGUGCCUGGGGCGCCACGCCGCCGCCGAUGCCCGACGCCAUACCCUUGCCCUCAAGCGGCACCUUGCGAGUGCCGCUGGGCGCAGCUGUCGCACCACCGCCGCCACUGUGUGCGUCGGCCAUGGGCUGAUCGUCAGCGUCGCCGUUGAUGGCGUCUUCUGGGAGGUUUUCCUGGAGCUCGGAGAACAGAAACUCCUGCUGGUACUCCUGCAGCCAUCAACAAGGGGAGGCGCAGUGGUCGAGGGUUUGGGUGUGUCUCUGCUUUGUGUACGUACCACGAGAAACUGUGUGGACCGUUUGAUGUCGUCGAAUAGGCUGUACACGCGACGCACAUCGGGGAUCUCCACACUGCUACCUGCACACACACACAGUCAGACAGACAGACAGAUACCAAGAAGGGAGGGCAUUGAGCAUCAGCAAGGGGUGGGUGCUCAGGUCAUCUAUCUGACUGACCUUUUCGCUUCUUGCAGACUAGAUUGGCCGCUGUGAUCAGAUGCAGGGAAUACCUGGACAAUCGACAGACACAUAUACAUGCGCCAAUUCACAGCCAGCCAGCCAGCCAGCCAGACACAUCCACAUGGGCCCCUCCUUUUGUAGUGUGUACCUCAGUGAGGUGUCCAUGCCGAUCUUGGUGAGCAGCUCCAGCGCCUCCUCGGCCAUCUCCACAUCCUCCUCCUCGGCACGAAUCUCGAUGAUCUGGCGGAUAAACAAUGGAUGGAUGCUUUGACCGAUCGAUCGCCCACACAACACAACACACGUGACCAGUGCACCCACCCACCUUUUUGAUGUCCUUUUCGGUGUAUGGCGAUGUGGAAAUGAUGAGCGUCCUGUCGAGUAGGUCGAGUGGAAUGCCGUGUGGCGACUUGUAGUCUGUGCCGCGGAUGGUGGUGAUGCCACGAUUGGUGGCCAUGAUGACUAUCGGCGCUGUGUCCUGCUCCAACGCCCUGCAAGGAUACACAGAGGGUGGACGGCAGACACUCCAUCAAUGUCAAUGUAUGUGUGUUCGUGUGUGUUGUGUGUUGCAGUCAUUCAUUCAUCGACCUGUUGAGGAAUGAGAAGCACUCGAUGUCGAGCAUGUGCACCUCGUCAAUAAACAACACGCCCUGACCGACAGACAGACAUGAAUGAAGAGAAAUCCACUCAUCUCCGGGUGUUUUGUGGUAUGAUUCGCGAUGCGGACUCUGCGUACCGGUACGAUGUCAGCUUUGCCCUCCUCCCGCCACUCGGCCACCUUGGCGUUGAUCUGCUCACGCACCUCCUGCUUAAUCUCUGCUCACACCACAGCAGCCGUAAGGGGCUCGAUAUCGGUGGUGGUGGUGGUGGUGAUUGUUGUUAGUUACCUCCGGUAUCUCCAGCAAAGAGUGCGAGGAAUCCCUGUGAGCGUGAGUUGAUGACGUCGAUCUCAUGCAGAGUAACGGUGUGCACCACCUCCUUGCGCUUCUGCAACUCGCCCUCGGGACACUGCAGGAGGCACACAGACGGCACACAGACGAUACAUAUGCAUGGGCAUCGUUUGUCACUGUUUCCGUGCUCGACUGUCUCACCUGCACGAAUCUGGUUUGGGGUCCGAGUGCGUCGUAGUCUCUUGAGCGUGCGAAUGAGCGGCCGAGUUUGCUGAUUUUGCCGCUGCCCCUGUCGAUGGUGAUGAUGUCACCCGCAGUCACCUUCUCCUUCGUCAAUCCAUCUGCGCACACAACACAGAAACCACACACACACAGCAGUGUCUGUGGUGCCUGCUCUCCCUCGUAUGGCAUCAGUGGACACACUGCACCGAUCAUCUUAGCGCCCAGGUCGUAGAUGGUUUCCAUCUCAGUGGUCUUGAGUGUCAUGGAUCCGCUCUUGCCGGCCCCGUCGGCGGUGCGGUCGAUGCGGAGCUCCACCACCUCGCCCUCUAUCAACUCACUCUCCUCCCGGAUACGCACACCGAUCGACCGACGGAAGGCCUGGCACACACACACGCACACAGCACACACACAUGCAUGUGAAAGGCGGGGAUGGCAUGUGGGUGUUUUCGAUUCUCAGUGUUUGUAUCUUACCUGCGCGAGAGCUUCUGUUUUGCUCAUUUCGAGGGAGAAGAUCUCUGAGCCGCUCAGGUGCGUGAAGGGCGUGUCCUGAAAGCAAACAUACAGACACACAUACACGGCUGCAUAUGUGUGUGUGGUUCCCAGGCUGGCCGCGUGUGUACCUCUCCCAGCGCCUUGGCGAUUCCCAUGGCAAUGGCCGUCUUGCCCGUGCCCGGCUGACCAGCCAGCAGUAUCGCCCGCCCAGCUAUCUUGCCCUCCUUGAUCAUCUGCAGCACUAUACCUGCAAACACACACACACACACACACAACGGCGACACACAAGGCAGGCAGGAACACAUGAUCCACCUCCGGUGUGUGCAUGUGAGAGAGUGUGUGUGUGUGUGUGUGUUUGUGUGUGUGUUGCAUCCUACCUGCGGCCCGCCUGGCUUCCUUCUGCCCGACCAUGCCCUGUGACACAUAUCUCGCCUCGAGGCUGUCAUCGAGACCCAGCCCUCGGAUGUGGCUGUGGGCGCCGAUGCGCUCGAUGCGGUGCAGAUCCUUGACCUCACUCAGCCGACCGAUGGCAUCCGCAGCACUUCCGGACGCCAUGAUGAUUGCCUGCGGAGAUCAGGAGAUCAGAUCCAUGGAUGCAGGGUGCAUGAUAUGCAAUACGUGGAUGGCUGUGUUGCGAGGAUGCAGGAUCUGCUCACCAAGGCAGGCUGCUCACCCACGAGUGUUGCUUUGUAGCUCGCAUUCUCGACGGUCGACCUCUCUCUGCGCUUGCCCCCUUAAGUUGCUGCAGAUAUCGGAACCAUGCUUACGUCAAUCUGGCUCAUCAACGAUGGCAUCGCUGUGUACUUCACUCUGGGGAUAGUGGACUUCCUCCGAGACUUCAU